AGUCUGUAUGCGGCUUUAACUACUAUAUUUAAACCUUCAGGCAACUAAACAUACACAUGUGCUUGUACGUUGUAAGUAAAUUGUUACUGAAUCAGCUGUGAUCUCACGUUCUGUUUGUUUCUUUACUUACCGCUCUACGUGAAUGUAUUUUUGAUGUGCAUACCUACUGAUAUCAUUAUGUGUGAUUAAAUUUGCGUAAUUGUUGAUAUUUUGCUAGCUGCGUAGUAACGCGGUUAAAAAAAGGGCGAGGUUUCUUCCUUUUUUGUAAUUUGCAUAAUUUAAAAAUGAGUGACCCCCCUGAUCAAGCAGUUGAUCAUGGAAAAGAUCGGCUGUCGAAGAGAAAAAUUGCGGGUAUCAAAAUUAAGAGUGUACUGUACUCGGUGGUUAAGAGGGUGGCGAGUGUCCUGUUUGUGUAUGCCGUAGGCUACAUGCAGUGGUCCUUUGGAUGGUUUUUCGGACCGAUUGUUCUUCUGGUAAUUAGGGAUCAGUAUCGAAAAUCAAAGGAUCAGAAGAGUAAAAUUACCAAAUCUAUAGCUCUAGCUCAGGAAGAUGAUGUGAUCUUGGCACGAAUUGAGGAUCUACCUGCUUGGGUUUACUUCCCUGAUGUUGAACGAGCUGAGUGGCUGAAUAAGAUUUUCAAGCAGCUAUGGCCCAGCGUAAAUUCCUAUGUACGGGACUUAAUUCGUGACAAAAUUCAACCGAAAAUGCAAAAGAAACUUCAGAAAUUCAAACUAACAGGAUUCAAAUUUGAGAAGAUGAUUUUGGGAAGCAUUCCGCCACGAGUUGGGGGCGUGAAAGUGUACGAGGCAAACGUUGCUCGACACGAGAUCAUACUCGAUUUAGACCUUUUUUAUGCAGGUGAUUGCAAUUUGAGCUUUACCAUGGGUGCUGGAGUUAAAGGCGGGAUUAAGGACUUUCAGUUGCAGGGAACACUGCGCGUCGUUUUGAAACCGUUGCUAUCCCGAAUGCCGUUAAUCGGUGGAUUGCAGAUUUACUUCUUAAACAAUCCCACAAUCGACUUCAACCUGGUCGGUUUCGUCGACAUUCUCGAUCUGCCAGGUUUUAGCGAUUUAUUGCGUCAGCUGAUCUUGGAGCAAGUGUCGUCUCUGAUGGUGCUACCGAACAAGUUACCGGUGAAAUUGAGCAAGCACGUCGAGUCGGAAAUGCUGAACGUUCCCGAGCCGGAGGGUGUAUUAAGAAUUCAUGUUAUCGAGGCGAAAAAUUUAAUGCGGAAGGAUAUUGGUAUUUUAGGUAAAGGAAAGUCGGAUCCGUAUUGUGUUCUGAACGUCGGGGCGCAGGAGCGCCGUACACAAACGAUUGACAAUACUGUAGACCCAAAGUGGGACUACUGGUGCGAGGCUAUGGUUGACUCAAUAGAAGGGCAGCUUGUUACUAUUCACGUAUGGGACUGGGAUCCAGGAUUUCCAGGUUCACAAAAUGACGAUUUACUUGGAAGAGCUGCAAUUGACAUCAAUACAAUCGCAAAGAAGGGAGAAGAUGAUAUGUGGAUCACUCUUGAACAAGCUAAACACGGCAUGGUCCAUGUACGGUUCACUUGGUUCGUCUUAACUACCAAUUACUCGGACCUACGUGCGGUGCUGGAGGAAACGCAAAUGCUACAAGUUACCUCGAUGAGUACAGCUCUACUCAUCAUUUACGUAGAUUCAGCCAAGGGUUUGCCUCAAGCCCGUACUCAAAGCAAACCAGAUCCGUACCUGCUGUUAACAGUCGGGCGAGAAAGCCAACAGACGUCAGUCAAGAAGAAAACUUCGGACCCGGUUUGGGAACAGGGUUUUAACUUUUUGGUUAAUAAUCCCAAUGCCGACACGUUGUAUCUGAAUUUUAUUGAUCAUAAAACAGGUGCUGGUCUAGGCGAGCUGACCUACAACUUGUGCGCCUUGUCUGAGAAGCCUAAUUUGUGUGUCAAUUUACAGCCAUUUGGUUUAUUGAAGAGUGGCCCGCAGGCCAAGCUUACAUUUUCAAUGCAUUUAAGGAUUUUGAAACAUUACAUUCCCGAAGCCGAGGACCACGUUUCCAAGCUUAAGCGUAACGAUUCUGAACUGUCUACAGGUUCAAAAAGAACGAUUUCGCGCGAAAGCUCAUUAAAAAGUGAAACAGAAUCUAACGUACAAGAAGGUACAGAAUCUCUCGAGCAGAUUUCUGUCCCUUUGCAGUCUGCUGUUCCACCAGAAUCUCAAGGCAACGGUCUUACUCAUAGGACUCUUACUGACACUUUUUCGGCAGGGGAGGCUGGUCUUGGACGGAUUCAAAUCACACUGCGCUACAGCGUUCAAAGACAGCGGCUAAUUGUUGUUAUUCACAAGAUAGCCAAUCUGCCUUUGCCAUCCAAAGAUCCGUCUAACAUACCCGACCCGUAUGUCAAGCUGUAUUUGUUACCAGGUAGGUCGAAGGAAUCGAAACGAAAAACACAGGUUGUGAAAGAUAAUUGUAACCCAGUUUUCGAUGUAACUUUCGAGUAUGUACUGUCCCAAGGAGAGUUACACACCCAACAGCUUGAAGUAACGGUAGCUACACAAAAGCAGUUAUUUUCAGGAAGUAACACCAUGGGCCAGGUGCUUAUUGAUUUGGGCAAGUUUAAUUUAACCCAAUCAAAUACAUUUUGGUUCGAUCUACAACCAGAAGUUGAAUCUUAAAUGUUUGCCGUGCGAUUGAUGGUGCCUUUUAGAAGUGCUUAACUGUAAGCUUUUAAUAAUGUUGUUUAUAUACAUAAUUAAUUGUUAUACUAACUUAUUCUCAUUGUAUUUACUCUAUUAUUGUACAAACCUGGAUGUCAUUAUAAAGAUUAGUGGUGAUAUUUAUAAACAAUUCUCAGAU